AUGGUGACUAUGCUCCUUCUCUUCAGCUCUCUCGUACAGGGGUUUUCCUCGAGUGUCGUUAGCAUUUUCAUGAAUGGGGAGCUGGCGCUGCAGCCAGUGGAGGUGGCCCAAUACUGGGCCUACAUCGGGUGCAUGAUGUGGUUUCAGCCCCUUCUAGGGUACAUCUCCGACGCCGUCGUGGUCUUAGGCGAGAAGCGCCGACCACUCUUUGUCUUGGCCGCCGUCCUCAACACAGUCAUCUACGCGGUGUACAGCCUUUUCCCUGGCGCCACCGGUAGCUUUACAAGGUUCGUGGCGUGGUCCAUGGUAAGCCAGCUCUGCACGAUGGGGCUGUACAUCCCGUUGAACGGGUUGGUGGUGGAGGUAGGUCGGCACGACGCGGAAACAGUGGAGGAGAGCAAUGCUCGUAUGAGUGUCAUCAUGUCCGAGACGAUGGUUUGGCGUUCCAUGGGGAGUCUGAUCGGGGCAGUGCUGCACACGUGCCUCAUAGCGUUCUUGUCCGUGCGUCCGCUACUCGGCAUCGCGGGCCUGCUGUUUCUCGUACUCGUCCCGAUUGUUGGCUUCACGCCACGGCACCUUUUCCUCCGCCCCAGUAUGCAAGACGGUAACUUCUGCAGUAGCAUCGCCAAUGCGGGUUGGAUGUUGUGGUCCAACUCCGACGUCCGCAAUCUUCGCAGAGACGGCGUUUGCUUUGUCCUUCUGCUCGCCUUUGUGUUUGUGUACACGAUGAUGCCUGACGCCAGCUCUAUCUACUACAGCUAUCUCUACGUUGUUUUCCAGUUUCCCAACUGGUUCUACUCGAUGAACGGCUGCAUCGCCCACCUCGGCUCUAUGGCUGGCGCUUACGUCUUCUCGUGCUGGACGAACCGACGUGCAAGACAAGAGGCCUGCGGCGGAACCCGCAUGUCUGUCUUCUUCAUAUUUAUGAUGGGCAGUGUGGCGUGGGCAGUGGGGUAUGUGUCUAAUCUCUUGUUGUGCACCGGCUUCAUCACGGGGACACUGGGCAUAUCGGCUGCCGUGUACGUGCCAGUCGACAACUUCUUCACUUCCCUCGUCGCGCGAUUUGCCUUUAUGCCGACUCUGAUCAUGGCUGCUGAGCAUGCGCCGAAGUUCUUCGAGGCAACCGCGUUUGAGGUGUUCAGUGUGGCGAGCAUGGGCGGCGGUAUCGUGUCGGGGUUGCUGACUGGCUGCAUUGCAAAAGGCCUCCGCAUCACUCGCACCGAUUACAGCCAGUUGUGGGCGCUCAUUUCCGUCUCGAUUGUGGCGAGGCUGAUGCCGAUCUUCUUGGCGUACCUUUUGCCAGAACGGCGCGCUUCUCGCGGUGGUGAGGGCCACCUUGACGACGCUGUCGUAGUAGUAGGGCACGAGGCGAGCGAUAGCUCAGUUAAGGCUGAUGGCGCCACACCCUGGACAUGGGUGACUUAG